GAUAACUUAUUGUAGACUGUUACUGGAGAGAAUAUUUUGGUGAUUACUCACUGGCUCUGCUUCUGCACAGUACACUCAAGACUUCUACAGUUGUCACUUGUCCGCUAAGACACCUAGGACUUUGUUCUGUCGAGUGAAAAAAAAUUGUAAUUAUUGAGUAAAUGGGAAAACAGGGUUGAGAUCCCCGGCGACAGCAGAAAUGCCAGUUGGUAGCUGAGCUCGGUUUUUUGAAGGUUUUUACUUAACAAGGAACAUGUCCGGAUACAACCUGGAUCAGAUGCUGUCCGGGCUGAAGAUCAGCAACACGGCGGAGGGACAGCAGCCCCCGAAGAAGAUCGGCCCUGCGGUUCCUCCCAAACCGAAGAAGCCGGCCCAGCCGCUGGUUCCAAAGAGUUAUGCGUUAAAUGGCCCUAGCGAACCUUCUUUCACAUCGCCAUUACAGAGUACUAGUCCUGAAAAAAGACCUGGACCUGGUGUACCAAUAUAUUCAAAUAUACCAGGUUAUUCCCAUGCUGAAAAGACCGACACAGCAAAUAAUACGUAUAGCAAUUCUGAAAUGUUCAAUAAUAGCACUUCCAUAUAUAGAAAGGCUGAACCACAAGCACCUGUCUAUAGUAACAUAUCUGGUACAGGUAGCUACAGCAACAUGCCGUGUUACGCUAAUAUAGAUGAAAUCCCUCCUAUGCCAGAAAUACCGGACUAUAAUGAUUUUCCACCACCACCGGCUGACUUUCCACCACCGCCUUCCCCAGUCAGUUCUAGUUAUUCGGAGCUGAGAAGAGCGACUCACAGUAAUACAUUACCUGACUAUGGCACUUACGCUCCAUCCUCACAGGGCUCAUCGACUUACGACUCUAUUUAUGAACCUAUUACUCCCAGGCCUGCUAGUGGGCUUUCUUCUCGCUCAAAUUAUUCAUUGUAUGCACCAUCAAGAGUUACUACGAGAUCACCUCAUGAAGCUGAGGUCGAUGCGCUGACUGAUCUUUUAGUACAGUCUAUGGAUUCGCCUUCAGCAGAUUCUGACUUAUUUGGGGAUUGCUGUAAAUGCGGUGAAAAAAUUGUCGGAGAAGGAAAUGGCUGUACUGCUAUGGAUCAGGUGUAUCAUAUUGAAUGUUUCACCUGUGAUCACUGUGCUGUUCAACUCCAGGGAAAACCUUUCUACACACUUGAAGGAAAGCCGUAUUGCGAAGCUGGUUAUUUGUCAACACUCGAGAAAUGCUCGGUGUGUUUAAGCCCCAUCUUGGACAGAAUUCUCAGGGCGACAGGAAGACCUUAUCACCCUCAAUGCUUCUGUUGUGUAGUUUGUGGAAAGAGCCUGGACGGUAUACCUUUUACUGUCGAUGCAACAAAUCAGAUUUACUGUAUAGAAGACUUUCAUAAGAAGUUUGCUCCAAGGUGUUGUGUCUGCAAUUUACCAAUUAUGCCAGAACCUGGACAGGACGAGACAGUCAGAGUUGUAGCACUAGACAGGAGUUUUCACAUCUCGUGUUACAAAUGCGAGGAUUGUGGUUUGGUUUUGUCAUCUGAGGCCGAAGGUCGGGGCUGUUACCCGCUGGAUGACCAUGUCCUCUGCAAGAGCUGCAAUGCCAAAAGGGUCCAGGCCCUUACUUCCCACAUGACGACAGAGCUCUAGUCCUCCUCGACGUCGUAGUUUCAUCCUCAACAUUGAACCCAAUUGAAUUUGAAAAAAAAAAUUAUUUUAAUUGUUUGGAUGUUCGGAACAAGACGCAAGUAAGUGCCAAAUGAGUUUCUGGUAGCCGGCUGUGAUUUUGCCAGUUGUGUACUUAUUUGCACAAACUUAAACGCAUUUUUAAAAAAAUCAUUUUUUACAUUCCGUAUUUAUUAUAUCAAUGGGAUGUACACAAUAUAUAUUUAAAAAAAAUUAAGGCUUAUAAUCUUAAGAAAUUAUUAGCUUAAUUAGUUUUAAUUCUUAUAAAUGAGUGGUUUGAGUGCAAGGAGAAAGUGUUUGAAAGAUCUUUUAAAAAUAACAAAAACUUUUAGUCAUUUACUUUUAAUAAACUUCUACCAAUUAUUGAAAAAUUUGAACACGAAUUAAAUUUUGAAUGAAAGUUUUUCAUCUUUGUCAAUGUAUCUCAUUUUUUAAUGUUUAAAAACCACUUUUUAUUAGGAGGAUUUAUCAUCCAGGAGAGAUUAUUAUGCUAUAUGCUAUUGCUCAUUAUGCCUAGUUUGUAUAUAUAUUAUUAGACAAAUUUAUUAGCUAUCUGCCAUUUACUAAUUGUGGGAAUAUUUAUAGCUUAUCUGUGCAAUAUUUGUAUAUCCUAAAUUUAAUGUGUAACUUUGAUGAUUUUUAUCAAUUAGAUUGAUACUUUGUCCAAAUUAUUAUUGUAGUAAAUUAUAGACUUGACACUCAAUGCUUUGUAAGUGCUUAGGAAAUGCUUUAGAGAUUUAUAGUUUGAAUAAGGUCUAGUGGUUUAUAAUUUUUAUACAACGUGCCAUUGAAGGGUUAUAACGUUGACUUGUGCUUUGCUUUAUUUAUUAUUUUGAGGGGAACAACUGUAUCAGUAAAUUUGUAUUUUUAAACAAUGUCUUUCUUUUAUUAAAUUGUUAAACAAUUUGUUCACAUAUCUUUUCAAUUAUGUAGUGAUGAUGCAUCGGUUUUAUUUUGUCGAAUAAACACUGCCAAUGAUGUAAAAACA